CUCAGGCUUAGCAUAUGAGUUAUAAUAUUGUAACUUACUGGUUUUCUUUUGACUUGCCUUCUUACCCUCUGAUAUAGCGGGGCCAUUUCCCCCUUGUGUGUUCUACCACACCAUGCUCAAUGGACUAAAUGAAAAGAAAAACGUUUAGGAUGUACAAAAAUUAAAUUUUUUUAAAUAAAUUGUUCUCCCUCGAUCCUGAAUAUAAAAAUUCAUAUUAUUUAUGAAAUGUUUUAUUUUGUUUUAUUUUACAUUUUUUUAAAUUCAUAUUUUGACACUGAAGAAGGGCUAUGCCCAAAACAUUUGCGAUUUUUGAAAAGAUGACGCUGACAUUUUUGUACCUUAUCAGUAGCCUGUCACUUCACCUUAUCAGUUUUCAAUUUUUCUUUUCUUUUGUUUUUCUUUGAAUUUUUAUAACAGAAAGAGGGCUGCUAGAAGUUGAUAGACAUAGAGCAGGUAGUGUAUUAACCCAGGUGAUCGUUAGCCUGAGAGCGCAGAUGUAUUUCCGGCUGUCACUUGGUUCUGCUGGAACCAUGUGACAGCCGGAAAUACAUCUGCGUUCACAGGCUAAGUGGUUGUCUGGUCUUGUAUUAACCAGUGUAAAAUGCGGAUGAUCCUGGUCUGGCAGUUGGAAGGAAAAGGAAUCCGAGAGAAAAGGGGGCGUGAAGGAACAGGAAGCAAAAUCCACACACCCCUCCCUCGAUGCUCCACACCCCACUAACAACAAUUGUCUGCUCAGCGGCUUCCCGCCAAAACGUACAAUAUUUGUCAUUCCUGAAGUGAUUACGUCUCACCGCCCAAAGAAACUUCUCGCCUUUGAUUAAGCUCUUGUGCAUUAAUCAUGCGUAUUGCCGAGUGCUUCCGUUCUGUUAGCAAGUUAAGCUGUUAAAUUUGUACACAUCGGAGCGAUUUCCGUGCGAUGGAAGAUAUAUUUUCGGCCUCGCGGGAAGGCAAUUUUCGAUUUGUCAAGACAUGGCUAGAAAACACUUCGAACGACCUAAAUCAAGGUGACGACCAUGGCUUCACCCCGUUGCUUUGGUCGGCAAGAGAAGGCCAGACGGCUGUGUUCGAUUUACUUUUGUCUAGGGGAGCAAGAAUAACUGCUUUGAACGAUGGCGGCGAUAAUGGAUUGCAUUUGGCAGCGAGUAAAGGAAACAAGGAAAUUAUUCAACGGCUGCUUAAGAAUAAGUGUCCAGUGAAUGGAAUCAACAAUCAUGGAAACACACCUCUUCAUUAUGCAUGUUUUUGGAACUCUGAGACCUGCGCUGAGGAACUUGUCAAACGGGGUGCCUUGGUAUCACAGUGUAAUAGGUAUGGAGAGACUCCACUUGAUAAGUGCAAACCCUACUUGGCAGAAAUUUUAAGAGAUCUGGCUGCACAACUUGGGCAAGACCUUAAAAGAAUACCAUAUAAAGAUCAUCAUUCAAAGUUGGGCAGAAAAGAUGAUUUACGGGAUAUCAAGUCAAGACUUUCAUGGAUCCAGCCACAGGAGAUUGACUUGACAAACAAGAUAGGCAAAACUGUUACUGGAGAGGUUUGGAAAGGAAAGUGGAAUGACCUCAAUAUUAUUGGGAAAAAACUUGCAAUAAAAAUUGUCAACAAAAGAAUAUCCAGAGACUUCAGUGAAGAAUACUCAAAAUUAAGAAUAUUUUCCCAUCCAAAUGUUUUACCUGUAAUUGGUGCAGUCAAUGACUCCAAGCACUUGAUAGUGCUUUCACAGUACCUCCCAUUUGGCUCACUUUACAAUGUCUUACACGAAGGAACAGGUAUUAUUGUGGAUCAUGAGCAAGGCAUGAAGUUUGCAUUAGAUAUUGCCAAGGGAAUGGAAUACCUUCAUUCUUUAGAUCAGCUUAUUCCAAGACUGUAUCUGAAAAGUACACACAUCAUGAUUGAUGAUGACCUAACAGCAAGAGUCAGCAUGGCUGAUUAUAGAUUUUCCUUCAUGAAUCUUAGCAAAAUUGAAAGCCCUAACUGGAUGGCUCCAGAAGUUCUUCAAAAAAGCCCUGAGGAAGUUGAUCAGCGUUCAGCGGACAUGUGGAGUUAUGCAAUGAUCCUUUGGGAGCUUGUCACAAGAGAAGUGCCUUUUGGACACUUGUCGCCAAUGGAAGUCGGCAUGAAGGGGCAAGACCUUAAAAGAAUACCAUAUAAAGAUCAUCAUUCAAAGUUGGGCAGAAAAGAUGAUUUACGGGAUAUCAAGUCAAGACUUUCAUGGAUCCAGCCACAGGAGAUUGACUUGACAAACAAGAUAGGCAAAACUGUUACUGGAGAGGUUUGGAAAGGAAAGUGGAAUGACCUCAAUAUUAUUGGGAAAAAACUUGCAAUAAAAAUUGUCAACAAAAGAAUAUCCAGAGACUUCAGUGAAGAAUACUCAAAAUUAAGAAUAUUUUCCCAUCCAAAUGUUUUACCUGUAAUUGGUGCAGUCAAUGACUCCAAGCACUUGAUAGUGCUUUCACAGUACCUCCCAUUUGGCUCACUUUACAAUGUCUUACACGAAGGAACAGGUAUUAUUGUGGAUCAUGAGCAAGGCAUGAAGUUUGCAUUAGAUAUUGCCAAGGGAAUGGAAUACCUUCAUUCUUUAGAUCAGCUUAUUCCAAGACUGUAUCUGAAAAGUACACACAUCAUGAUUGAUGAUGACCUAACAGCAAGAGUCAGCAUGGCUGAUUAUAGAUUUUCCUUCAUGAAUCUUAGCAAAAUUGAAAGCCCUAACUGGAUGGCUCCAGAAGUUCUUCAAAAAAGCCCUGAGGAAGUUGAUCAGCGUUCAGCGGACAUGUGGAGUUAUGCAAUGAUCCUUUGGGAGCUUGUCACAAGAGAAGUGCCUUUUGGACACUUGUCGCCAAUGGAAGUCGGCAUGAAGGUCGCUCUUGAAGGUUUAAGGCCAUCUGUUCCCCCUGGUGUGUCAUCACAAAUGUCGAAGCUUAUUUCUAUUUGUUGGAAUAAUGAUCCAACUAAAAGACCACGGUUUGACCAGAUACUUCCAAUUUUAGGAAAGAUGGCGCAAUAGAAUUUAUUGAGUCAACAUAGAUGAAAUAAUCACCGUUCCCUAGUAGUGAAUGUGUACCAGGUAUCAGAAAAAGGGCUAGGUCUCACCCCUUAUUGGCAAUUCUUUCACCUUUAUUUAUAUGAAAUAAUAUGUUUAUUUACUGAAGAAAAACUUGGCUAUGUAACAAAUAGGAUCACCCCUGUAACAUAGAAGAAAAACUUUCCUACAAAUUGAUAUGAAUUCAUUUUUGUAAACAUAUAUAAGCGUUUAAAAUCGAAAAUCAAAUUCUGUCCUCCUCUAACAACUGUCUAUUUCUGUAGUUCUUGUCAUCAUUUGAACAUUUUUCAUUUGAGGACCACAAUAGAUUAUAUGGCAGGAGAAACAAUAAAGAGUAGCGUGACUCGUGUGACAGGAAAAUCGAAGGUCGUGUGACCUAGCCCUUUUAAGCGUGAUACUGGUUAUUAUAUAAUUAUAUUUCUGUGAAGUAUUGUUAUCAAACUUUUUUGGGAUAAGUUAUUUUUAUAUCAGCUGUUUUUAUGCGACGACAAGUAACGUAAUUUUUGCUGUAAUUUUGUAUUUUUGUAUAAACAAGAAAAAUAAUUUGAAGAAUACUAUAAGCAAUUAACGCUUCCAUCAAAAAGAACCUGGCAGUUUGUAAAAGACUCUUUUAUAGAUUUCUAAAACCCUCUAUACAUUGAAAUUCGACCGCCGUUCUAAAAUAAUUUGCUGGUGACACGAAGUCAUUCUUGCGUACGAGGCAGAAAUUUCCUUAAACCCUGUAAACAAGAACUUCUAUUACAAAAGGGAUGGUAACUCUGACUCCCACAUUUUACAGCUUUUGAGCGCAAAAUGCAAACUGUGUGCUUUUGAGAUUUUGGAAUGAAGCAUCCUUUACCACUGGCAAAGUGUAAUUUAACUUGCUUAUGUAAUUAUACCAAAGAUGAAACAUCUGUCGCCGUGGUAGAAAAUGCCCAGAUUGUUUAUCAGCUAUGUACACGCUUUGAUGGUUGACCAGGCCCCUUUAGUGUAAGGUCUAAGAGUGAUGAUUUCUCCUAAUACAGCGGGUUGUCUUUAUAUGGACUUUAAUGCACGGAGUACCUUAAAAGAUGCAUCAAAUCCUUCGAUGAGAAUUAUGCGCGCAUCGGUGUUUAAGGAUGAACAAUUUUAAUUGAGAAUUAGAAUACUGCGGGUGUUUAGCUCGAAGCAAAUAGAACCAGAUUUAGACGAUUAAGGCUUAUAUUUGCAGACAAACUGUUACAAUUUGAAGCCAUUUUAUAUGCGGGUGGUGUCGAAUGUCAUCAGGGAUAGUUUUGUGAAAAACAUUUCUAGCAGUUUGAACAGCAGUGAAGCUUUGUGUACAAGACGGAGUAGAAAUGAACGGCAGUGAAGCUUUGUAUACAAGACAGAAUACUGAGAAAUAUGUAGAUUGGACUUAGUACGUUUAUUCUCAUUUUGUGUGAUAAAGCUUUCGAGACUUCCUCUCUGAAAACAAAGCAGUUACGUAAUAAAAGUUUUAUUUUACAUAUUUAACAAACUAUUAUCAAGAAAAAUACUUACCAGUAAUCUUUGUCAAGUACAUCGUACAGUUUCCUUCAAAAUAAAUCAAUAUUUUUUUAACUA